AAGGGGUUUUAAAGUGUGGGAUGUGUUCCAUGCCAAGGCAGUAGUUUCCUGAACACUUAAAGCUUUUGCUGUGCUGGAAGAAACCCUCUUGCCCUCCUUCUCUUGGCUGGCCUGAGUGUUUGGGCACACCAGAGACCUGGUCUGGAUGGAAAUAAGUAUCUUUUUGGCUGGAUUCAGUCAAUGUGGAGCUAAGCUAUUGGUAUAAGGUACAGUAACAGCUGAAGAGAAAAGCCAGAAAUAAAAGGUUGGGAGAAUGCAGGAAGGUGAAAUGGAAGGUGAGGCAGUCGAAGCUAUUGUGGAGGAAUCAGAAACUUUCAUCAAGGGGAAAGAGAGAAAAACCUAUCAGAGGCGCCGUGAAGGUGGGCAGGACGAGGAUGCUUGUCAUAUCCCAGCAAACCAAGCAGAUGGAGGGGAAGUAGUGCAGGAUGUCAACAGUGGUGUGCAGAUGAUGGUGAUGGAACAGCUGGAUCCAGCUCUUCUUCAGAUGAAGACUGAAGUGAUGGAAGGUGCAGUCCCUCAAGAAACAGAGGCUACGGUGGAUGACACGCAGAUCAUAACCCUUCAGGUUGUUAAUAUGGAAGAGCAGCCUAUAAACCUUGGUGAGCUUCAGCUGGUCCAAGUACCUGUACCAGUGACUGUACCUGUUGCCACCACGUCUGUGGAAGAACUUCAGGGAGCUUAUGAGAAUGAGGUUUCCAAAGGAGGCCUGCAAGAGGGAGAGCCCAUGAUCUGUCACACCCUCCCUUUACCAGAAGGCUUCCAAGUAGUGAAAGUGGGUGCAAAUGGUGAGGUGGAGACACUGGAACAAGGUGAACUUCAGCCACAGGAAGAUCCCAAUUGGCAAAAAGAUCCAGACUAUCAGCCACCAGCCAAAAAAACAAAGAAAAACAAAAAGAGUAAGCUUCGCUACACCGAGGAAGGCAAAGAUGUGGAUGUCUCUGUGUAUGACUUUGAAGAGGAGCAACAGGAAGGUUUGUUGUCUGAGGUCAAUGCAGAAAAGGUGGUGGGCAAUAUGAAGCCACCCAAACCAACAAAAAUUAAAAAGAAAGGUGUAAAGAAGACAUUCCAGUGUGAACUCUGCAGCUAUACUUGUCCGCGUCGUUCCAACUUGGACCGGCACAUGAAAAGCCACACUGAUGAAAGGCCACACAAGUGCCACCUCUGUGGCAGGGCUUUCCGGACAGUCACGUUGCUGAGGAACCACCUCAACACUCACACAGGUACUCGCCCUCACAAGUGCCCAGACUGUGACAUGGCCUUUGUGACCAGUGGAGAGUUGGUUCGGCACCGCCGCUACAAACACACCCACGAGAAACCCUUCAAAUGCUCCAUGUGUGACUAUGCUAGUGUGGAGGUUAGCAAAUUGAAACGCCACAUCCGUUCUCACACCGGAGAGCGUCCGUUCCAGUGCAGCUUGUGCAGCUAUGCCAGCAGGGACACCUACAAACUGAAGAGGCACAUGAGGACCCACUCUGGAGAGAAGCCAUAUGAAUGUUAUAUCUGCCAUGCUCGCUUCACUCAGAGUGGUACCAUGAAGAUGCACAUUUUGCAGAAGCACACAGAGAACGUGGCCAAAUUUCACUGUCCUCACUGUGAUACUGUUAUAGCAAGAAAGAGUGACCUGGGUGUCCAUUUGAGGAAGCAGCAUUCCUACAUCGAGCAGGGCAAGAAGUGCCGCUACUGCGACGCGGUGUUCCACGAGCGCUACGCCCUCAUCCAGCACCAAAAGUCCCACAAGAAUGAGAAGCGCUUCAAGUGUGACCAAUGUGAUUAUGCAUGCAGACAGGAGAGGCACAUGGUGAUGCACAAAAGGACCCACACUGGAGAAAAGCCUUAUGCCUGCAGCCAUUGUGACAAAACCUUCCGCCAGAAACAGCUCCUGGACAUGCACUUCAAAAGAUACCAUGACCCCAACUUUGUCCCUGCUGCCUUCGUCUGCUCCAAGUGUGGCAAAACAUUCACUCGUAGGAACACAAUGGCCAGACAUGCUGAUAACUGCUCUGGCCUAGAUGGUGGGGAAGGAGAGAAUGGAGGAGAGACAAAGAAGGGCAAACGUGGCCGAAAGAGAAAGAUGAGGUCUAAGAAAGAAGACUCCUCUGAUAGUGAGGAAAAUGCUGAGCCGGAUUUGGAUGAUAAUGAAGAUGAGGAGGAAACAGCAGUAGAAAUUGAGGCUGAACCAGAAGUUGAGCAAGAGGCUCCUGCACCACCUCCCAGUAAGAAAAGAAGAGGAAGACCACCAGGCAAAGCUGCUGCCCAACCCAAACAAUCCCAACCUGCAGCAAUCAUUCAGGUCGAAGACCAGAACACUGGUGAAAUUGAAAAUAUCAUAGUGGAAGUAAAGAAAGAACCUGAUGCAGAAACAGUAGAGGAAGAGGAGGAAGCUCAGCCUGCUGUAGUGGAAGCUCCCAAUGGAGACCUUACCCCUGAGAUGAUUCUCAGCAUGAUGGAUCGGUGAUGAGGAGCAUGAGGAGCACCACACCUGGCUGACUGAACUGCCCUGGGCUGUGUUUAAGCGGCUCAAAACUAUUUUUCCUUUUACCCUUUUUUUUUUUUUCUUCUUUUUUUUUUUUUUUCUUCUUGGCUUUGGGAAAUGCAUCAUUUUUAGACCGUUUUACCAAACGUACUGGGAAAUAAAACUUCAAGAUGAUGUUAGAAUGUGAUUUAACUAGAAACUUGCUGUUUUAUGGUAGCAUUUCAGGAUCAUGGAACAUUAGGAAAUAUUUUGGAGUCCUUGAGGGUUUCCUUUGAGAUGCUUGAUUACUUUUGCUCUGAACAGCAUUGUAAAGCUGGUCCAAGGGCCGUGUUUACAUGCACCAAGUUUUAAUACAAAAAAGUGGAAGCCUUGAGUAGAGUAUGUGGUAAACCACUCCGGACUUGCCCUUCCAGUGCCCAGAAUCCUUUCAGCCUCCUUCUCUCAGUAGUGUUUUUAACUGUAAAUGCAGACUUGGGAGGGUUCUAGACUUUUAAAAUGUUUUGGGGUUUUUUGUGGUUUUUUUUUUUUGUUUUUUUUUUUUUUUGUUUGUUUGUUUUUUUUGGUUGGUUUUUUUUUUGUUUGGUUUUUUUGUUAUUUUUCUUGUUUUGUUUUUUUGGGUUGUUUUUUUUUUUUGCUUUUUCCCACUGACUUGCUCUGGUUCUCCAAGUCAGCUGCACACGGUAGUUUUUGGCAUGCUCCAGCUGGUUUCUGUCCUUAAAUAUGCUUUGCUUUCUGCAAAGCAUUUUCUGUAAUGGUCAAGCUUGUAAAUAACUUUUUUUUUGGGUUUUUGUUUUUUUUUUUUACAUUUUAAUCUUUUUCCAGUAAUUAAGAGGUAUGCAAAAAUGCAGUUUAAAUAAACCCCAGUGUUUUAAUUCCUUUCAAACUAAGUGAUGAGAGAAUUGCUAGAGUGUAAAUGUUGGAAAAGCUGUUGAUAACCAAUCACGUAGAGAAGAGCCCUACCCAGACCAUUGCUUGCAGAAGAAGAGAAACCCACCUGUGAAAUCUGGUUUUUGAAGCACACGAAACUGGCAUUGAAACUGUAUAAUUAACCUUCUUUUUUUUUUUAGUUAUAACUUCACGACUACAUUUUCUUUGCUCUAUCUUGUAGUUGUAUUUUGUGUUUAUGAAUCCUAUGUUAAGGCAGAGGUGGUGAUUUCUUACGUGCAGCCCUCAAAACCUGGGCCAGGGAAUUUUAAUAGGUCAGUAAUGAAACAAUUUUGGAUCUCUGAGAAAGACAAAAAAAAAAGGAAUAAUGUGAAAUACAAAUGAUGCCUGUAUAUGAACUGUCACAUGUUAAAAUAUGUAAGCUUUUUAUAGAGCCUCAGUCUUGCUGAUUUCAAACAAAUUUUUCUUCUAUGUAUCGCUUUUAAGAGAGCUAUCAGUUUAGCUAUCAGACUCUAGGUUGAUGCAUUUUUGUACUUAGCUGUACUGUGUGAUAUUUUUCAUUAUUUUAGGAAGCCAACAUGGGGAAAAAAAAAUACUGUUAUAAAAUAUGUAAUGGGGUUUGAAAACUGGGAAGGAGAAUAUACUGCUGUACAGCUAAUAAAUAAUAAUGGAUUAACA